ACGGAGCUAGUGCCCGAGUGAAGGGUAGUGCACUUUAUAGAGCUCAGGGCUGUGUUUGUGACGGCCCUGUGUCUCACACAAAUCUCUCCGUCUUCAUGUGUGGAGCGCGAGACGGAGGAGAUGAGAUCAGACCUGGACUGCACGCGGAACCCCAGUGGAGGGAAGCUGCGCUCUGAUUGGUCGCCGGGGGGCAGCGCGUGGCAGCGGUGGAGUGGAGCGGCUGACUGGUGUGUGUGUGUGUGUGCGUGUGUGCGCGCGCGCGCGCGCGUGUGUGUGUGUGUGUGUAAAUGAACGUUAAUAACACGACGUCAUCAGUUCAAACAGCACGGACUCUCACACACACGCGUUACAGAACUGCGGUCAUCUAGAUUUAUUCUUCUGUUUCCGGUGUAACAGUGUGUGUCACACCCUCCUGGCCAUGCUGAGUGUGUGUUCUGUGCUGCUGAUUGCAGCAUUUGGUGCUGUGUGUUCCACAGACUACAACACACACACACCCCGACAUGGACACGACUCCAACCUGGAGAUUUAUAAGCGUCUGUUUGAGGUGAAGAGAAAGGAUCAGCUCAACGCUCUGAAGAACCUGGUGGAUCUGAACGACGUUAAUCAGCAGUACAAAAUUAUUGACAUCAUGCUAAAGGGGCUUUUCAAGGUUCUAGAGGACUCCAGAGCUGUUCUUGUAGCUGCUAAUCUACAGCCAGAUGAUCCAUUUCCUCUGGAUGAUAAAAUUAAAGAGGCGUACUCUCACGUGGUGGAGAACACUGCGUUCUUCGGUGAUGUGGCUCUGCGUUUCCCUCGUAUCGUCCAUCACUACUAUGACCACAAUACUGAGUGGGGGAAGACGCUGCGCUGGGGGCUGAGCUUCUGUAACCAGUCUGGAGUGUUUAACGGAGGGAGUCACCAACAAGUCCUCACACUGAUGUCUCAGGAGUUGGGAAUAACAGAGAAAUCUCCAGACUUCAUUAACCCUUUCCGCACAGAGAAAGAUGACGUGCUCCACACUGCGGAGGCCUUCCAGAAGAUUCUUCGUGAAGAACAAAAGCGCAGGAGGAAGGAGGAGAAGAGGAAAGAGAUGAGGAAAGGGCCUCGAAUUUCCCGCACUCGCUCUGAACUCUAACGCCCCCUGCUGUAAAACACUGAGCACAACAGACAGAGACACAGACAGAUCUGUGAGUCACAGCUAUAUCAGAUGUAGGUGAGGUGGAGGAGCAGGUAAGCAGCAGAGCAGAGAGGCAAAGAAGAACAGAUUACACAGAAAUGGAUGGGGUUUAGUACUCUACCAUCUGAGUGACACAUUCAGCUGUGACAGUUUAUCAAAAUUACAUAAGGUUUCACUUUAACGCUGAGAGCGAAUAAAUAAUAUGAAUAAUGUAAAAGGAAUAUAAUGAGCUUUAUUAUAUUGUAUAAGUAACAUGUAUCUUUAUAAUGCUUCUGAUUCUAUCCGUUGUGCGGUGUAGGUAGGAUGUGAUAUCUGGCUUGUGUUCCAGUUGUGUGUCUAACACCUACACCCAUCCCUGUGUCGUUUCACCUCAAUCACUCUACACACUCGCCUCAUCCCCAUAUAACACACUACACAUGAGCUGAUGGAGAAUUCACAGAUCCCUCAGCCGAGGGGGUGAUGUUCACACAGUACUGGAACACAGCCAUGUAAGCUCAGGGCAAAUUUCAAUCCUUUAGUGGACAAUUAGGAUCUGCUUUUUAUAUGUGGUGUGGUGCAGAAAGGCGUGCAGAUUUAGUGGAAUUUUCAUACCUGAAUUAAAGCUGGUUUAAUCCUGUUUGUCUGUGUGUGUAAGACAGGUACGGUUCUGGUUUGUUUUGUUUCCAUGAUGAUGUAGAAUAUUGCCGUGAACACAGCAGCUCUGUGUGACUCCAUCAGGAGUCGGGUUUAUACCUGAACACAGUUAUGGUAGAUAAAUCCUGUCUUUAUGCUGCCUCCAGAAUGGGACAGACUUUAUUUGGAGAACACCGCCUCAGUGGGAUUUUAUCCUGGACAAUGUAAUUAUAUAUAUGUGUGUGUGUGUGUUAAUUAUCAAGAGAUACAAGAUCAUAUAACUAAUUAUCUUCAGAUCCUGAGGACAUAAAUGUGACUUUAGGAUGAUGAAGACUGUACAUGUUCAAAACAAUCUAUUAAAUAUUUACUACAUUUCCA